AUGGUACAACCUUCCUCGGGGAUUAGUUAAUCAGUCACGAACGGUGCUCAGUCGGUCCGACAAAUCAGUCAUUGGUAACAAGUGGCAUUUGUGUUCCCCACCCCUGCGGCGAUGUCGAUCUCUCCCACUGCAGUUCACGUGUCUUAGUCGUGCCUCCCGACGCCGAGUCAUUGCGUCGAUUGCGAUUCAUUGGACAGCAUCUGGGAGCUUGGCUUGACAAGAGGCAGUCGCUCUUGCCAACAUGGCGAACAAGUUCAGUACACUUAUCAUAGACUGAACAGAUCUGGUUCCUCGCAGUCGCUUGACGAGGAUCUAGACCCUACGCCGGGAAAUCCGCGCAACCGCAGUAGUUAGACCGUGGUCGACUUUGGCGCGACGAUCGAGCCAAAGUCGGACACUCUAGUGAUCAGGUGCUCGUUGCGACAGCUCGUCUUGUCCAACGUCAACCUUCGUGCACUGCCAGUGUGGAACAACUGCAGAUUCUCUGUCAGGCUCACAACUUGCAGGGCUACUCUCUUCGGCGAUCAAAGGUUACAUAA